AUGGGCGCUCAUGGACUUGACCCCGAAAAGGCUCCCGCGAGUGUAGAGAGAGAUGAUACUGCCUCACGACUGACAGACGCAAAACGCCGCACCCGCUUCACACUAGCGCUUUUGACCGUAUUCGUACUCUGGGUUCUUACGAUCUCGUCGCCAUAUACUGCACUGUGCGCUACUCGUGCACCCUCUAGCAACAUCGAGCACUUGCAGAAUGAUGGAAUGAGUGUCUACUCUGAACAUCGGUUCUACCAUACCUUCUCCCGAGUACCCGACCACAUGUGCCCCAGUGUUGUCCCUGGAACUCCUUCAUACAGCGGCUACAUCGGCGUACGGGGUGAUAGUGAAGAUAGCCCAAGACGAACAUUCUUCUGGUACUUCGAAGCUGAAGAGAACGCUGCAGAUGCGCCGCUUAUUCUUUCCUUCGGUGGCGGCCCAGGUACGACGGGUAUGGCCAACUCCAUGCUCGGUCUCGCGCAUUGUAGGAUCACUGAGAACGGAACGGUGGCCAAUCCCAACCGAUGGACGCAAAAGUACAACCUUCUGGCUAUGGAGCACCCCGUCGGGACUGGUUUCUCGUAUGGUCUCAGUGUCAACAAUUCAGUCGACGCCGCGCAUGAUGCGUAUGACUUCCUGCAGAAGUUCCUCGUGUCGGUCCCUCAUUUGAUCAAGAACAAGUUCGUCAUUACUACCGGUUCUUAUGGAGGGACAUAUGCACCCGUGCUGAGUUCCGUCAUCCACGAGAACAACAAAGCCAUUGCGCGGGGUGAAGGGAUCCCUGGUGCGGCACCAAUCAACCUCGAAUCCGUGAUGAUCAGCAAUCCUUUCUCGGACCCAGUACGAUGGUUUCAGUGGCUUCUUCACUACAGAUGCGAGCUACACAGCGUUUACAACGAGACAACGUGUGCAGAGAUGUAUGCUAAGCUUCCCGGAUGCCUUGAAGAGCUCGACUAUGCCCUACAGAACUCUACGGUGGAGACACGCACGCAUGCGCAAGAUAUCUGUAUUGAACUUGCAAUUGGCGAUCGACAUGGUACGAUGUCAGAGGACAUUCGUAAGACGUGCGUCCCAGACGAUGCGGACGACCCUAUUGAUGCAUGCUAUCCUGAACCUCUGCGAUGGAUGAACGACUUCUUUCGAAAGAACGAGACAAAGGAAGCCUUGAACGUGCCGGAAGGUGUCGAGUUUCAGGCAUUGAAUAUUGACAUUAACCGGGCAUUCCAGGAGUAUGGAGAUCGCAUACAUCCAUACCACAAGUUGUAUGAACCGCUCCUCGCAGACGGCGUACGGCUCUUGCAUCACGUUGGGAUGCAAGAUGCGAAUUGCGCCCAUCCCGGAACAUUGUCCUUCCUAAAGCUCUUGAAAUCUCCAUCAUCCGAGCAGUUCCGCACGGCUAAUGAUGUGCCGUGGUUCACGGACGGCAAACCGUCUGGGACAGUGCGCGUUUCUGGCCCUGGCGGAGCUGGUCAGCUUACGUACCUCACGUACAAUGAUGCAGGGCACUUUGUCGCAUGGGAUCAGAACCGAGAGACUAAAUAUGUCGUUGAGCACUGGAUCGACAAUGAGCCAUUCGUCUAG